UCUUGGAGCCUCUGCAGAGUCCAGGACCUGAUUCUUUAGUGGAAACUGUAAGAUCUUUCUUCGGACCCCAGCUUCCCUUGCCCCAGCAGCUCCAGCUGAGCCCACAGAUGCCAGCUCAGCUUCAAGCUACUGGGAGAAGUGGAUUUGUCAGCAGGAGAGCCUGAGGGCUGAGACCCAGCGUGAUCAUGCCAGCUAGCAGAGACUCUCCUCUAUGGUCCCCAGCCCUGGCUGCAGAGGGACUUGGCAGCUCAUAUGAGGUAUCUGUAUCAUUUGAGGAUGUGACUGUGGACUUCAGCAGGGAGGAGUGGCAGCACUUGAACCCUGCUCAGAGACACCUGUACUGGAAUGUAACACUGGAAAACUACAGUCACCUGCUCUCAGUGGAAGGGCAAAUUGAAAGGCCCCUGAAAUCCAACCAGCUGGACCCAAUUCUGCAUCAUGUCCUGUUAACAGGGUGCCAAGUUCCCAAAACAGCGGCCAUCUUUAAGUUGGAGCAAGGAGAAGGGCCAUGGAUGUUGGAGAGGGAAACCCCACAUCAGAGCUAUUCAGACGAGGAUAUUAGGAAAACUCCAUUACAAGGACUUUCUGGAGAAGUUUUGUUCCACUGUGAGAGAUUUGAUCAACCCAUAGAAGAUUCAUUGUGUUCCAUUUUAAAAGAACUGUGGCAAAAUAAUGACCAGCUAGAGAGAUGUCAGGAAAACCAGAAUAACCCUUUAAGUCAUGUGAAAGUACUGAUUAAGGAAAGGGGCUAUGAAUGUAAAAACAUUGAAAAAAUAUUCAAUGUGACUACCAAACUUGUUCCUUCAAUUAAAAGACUCCGUAACUGUGACACAUUUGGAAAGAGUUUGAAGCAUACUUUAAACUUACAUAAUCAUAAUAGAAGCAGUGCAACAAAUAACCUUGAUAAGAUUUUUGGAAAUGGUAACAAGUUUUCCCAUAGCUCUUCCUCUUCUAAGAAUGAGAAUACAAAUACAGGAGUGAAUUCUUGUGACUAUAAUCAAUGUGAAAAACAUCUCAGUCACAAACAAGCUGUCAUCCACCAUCAGAAAAUUCAUACUGGGGAGAAACUUUAUGUACGUACUAAAUGUGUAAAGGGCUUCACCCAGAAGUCACAUUUCUUUGAGCAUCAGAAAAUUCACACUGGAGAAAAAGGCCAUGGAUGCAGCAAACGUGAGAAAGCCUUCGCUCAGAAGCCACAAACUAACAUACAUCAGGGUGUUUAUACAGGAGCGAAACCCUAUCUAUGUACUCAAUGUGGGAAGGCCUUUACCCUUAAGUCAAACCUCCUUACCCAUCAGAAAAUUCAUACUGGGCAAAAACCCUAUAAAUGUAGUGAAUGUGGAAAAGCUUUUUUUCAGAGAUCAGAUCUCUUUAGACAUCUCAGAAUUCAUACAGGAGAAAAACCUUAUGAAUGCAAUGAAUGUGGAAAAGGCUUCUCCCAAAAUUCAGACCUCAGCAUACAUCAGAAAACUCACACUGGAGAGAAGCACUAUGAAUGCAGUGAGUGUGGGAAAGCCUUCACAAGAAAAUCAGCACUCAGGAUGCAUCAGAGAAUUCACACAGGAGAGAAACCUUAUGUAUGCACUGAAUGUGGGAAGGCUUUCAUCCAGAAAUCACACUUCAAUACGCAUCAGAGAAUUCAUACUGGAGAAAAACCAUAUGAAUGCAGUGACUGUGGGAAGUCAUUCACUAAGAAGUCACAACUCCACGUGCAUCAAAGAAUUCACACAGGAGAGAAGCCCUACAUUUGUUCAGAAUGUGGAAAGGUCUUCACUCAUAGGACCAAUCUCACUACACAUCAGAAAACUCAUACUGGAGAGAAACCCUAUAUGUGUGCUGAAUGUGGGAAGGCUUUCACUGAUCAGUCAAAUCUCAUUAAACACCAGAAAACUCAUACUGGAGAGAAACCCUAUAAAUGCAGUGGCUGUGGGAAAGCCUUCAUAUGGAAAUCACGUCUCAAAAUACAUCAGAAAUCUCAUAUUGGAGAGAGACACUAUGAAUGCAAAGAAUGUGGGAAAGCCUUUAUCCAGAAAUCAACACUAAGUGUUCAUCAGAGAAUUCACACAGGAGAGAAGCCCUAUGUCUGUCCUGAAUGUGGGAAGGCCUUCAUCCAGAAAUCACACUUCAUUGCUCAUCAUAGAAUUCAUACUGGAGAAAAGCCUUAUGAAUGCAGUGACUGUGGGAAAUGUUUCACUAAGAAGUCACAACUCCAUGUACAUCAGAAAAUUCACACAGGUGAGAAGCCCAACAUAUGUACUGAAUGUGGAAAGGCUUUCACUGACCGGUCAAAUCUCAUAACACAUCAAAAAAUCCACACUAAAGAGAAACCUUAUAAAUGCAGUGACUGUGGAAAAACUUUCACCUGGAAAUCACGCCUCACUAUACAUCAGAAAUCUCACACUGGAGAGAGACACUAUGAAUGCAAUAAAUGUGGGAAAGCUUUCAUCCAGAAAGCAACACUAAGUAUGCAUCAGAUCAUUCAUACAGGAAAGAAGCCUUAUGCUUGUACAGAAUGUCAGAAGGCUUUCACUGACAAGUCGAACCUCAUUAAACACCAGAAAACUCACGGUGGAGAAAACCGCUAUAAAGUCAAUGACUGAAAAAGUUUCACAUGGAAAUCACAGCUAAGUAUCUAUCAGCUCAUAGUGGAGAAGAAGAUGCCUGAUGCUACAACCAUUGUGCAGGGGGAAGUAGAUAAGACAGGCUGUUGCUUGAGCCAAGUAUCUUCAGUUACCUGUAAAUGUAAUUCCUCAUCACCACAGUUCAUACACAAUUAUAUGCAGAGGGAGACCCUUUAGAUGAAGUAUUUGAGAAACAGUCAUGCUUGGUUUUGGCUGAUAAUACGAAAACAACUGAUGCCGUGUAGUUUCUUCUGAUCUUUUGAGACAAAAUCUAAAUAAUACAUGUGGCUUUCUUAGACAGAUACUGCUUUACAGGAUCAACAGCAAGCAUAUUCACAUGCAGAUGCUUUUAUUGCUAUACAAAUAAAGCUCACAAAACUG